CCUGUGUGUGUGUGUCGACGAUUGAGGUUCACGACGACGCUGCUGCCGCUCCUGCUGCCGUUACCGACUACUCCAGCACUGGCGUUUCGUUUACCACUCAUUUCGUAUCUGGACUUGUCUGCUCUGCUCUCUGUGUUGAAUGUGUGCGUUUGAAUGGUUAUGUGAGCCUGUGUGUACAUGUAUGUCGGCCUGUCUGUCUGUCUGUCUGAGCGUGUGUUCGUGUGUGAGUGUGUGUGUGUGUAUGGUUUAGAGCAGAAACUACAACCACUCCUGCUGCUGUCGCCGCUAAAACCAAUACUGCUUCCACUUCUGCUGCUACGAGGAGGAACAGCCGACAGCGUCGAUAACAUACGGGCUGCUGCUGCUGCUACUGCACUGCUGCCCAUAGAUAGCAGAGACACAGACGACUGCUGAACUCUCUGCUGUGUGCUGCUGCGAAUCGUGGCUGCUGCUGCUGCUGCUGCUGCUGCUGCUGCCUGUUGUUACUCCAGUAAUCAUCGCUACUGCAGCUAAUUUGCUUGCUUUGUUGGCUGGCAACGGCUGGUCCCUUGCCUUGCCUUGUCUUGUCGUCGUGUAUAGAGUCGUGUUGACGAAAUCGCUGCGCCGCGAUCGAGCUACGGGGCCAGCAAACCAGCGACUUCUGAGACGACUGUCUCGCCUUGUUUUUGUCCCCUGAGUGUGCUAUAGCUGCUAUAAGUGCAGCGGUUCUGUGUCUGCAGGCUCACCUAGCAUUUUAUUGAGAACCCUAUAUGCUCAUGCAUAGACACAAGCACACAGUCACAGUGUAAUAGUAGAUAGUCGCAAUCGACAUUGUUGCGACGACCCGAGAAAACCCCCUCCCGAUCCCUGAAAAAGAAGAAAAACCAAACGAGUUGUUAGUAGCAGCAGCCUACUUGAUUCGUGUCUACGACGUGUCUGGAGAACCAGCCAGUAAUAUUAGUUGAGGCCAGCGGACGCGUGACUGACGAGUUUGUACUGGGACUGCGGGGCAACAAAGUUUGUUCUCCGACCGACCGACAAACACAUCUCGUUCAGUCCUUUCUCAGUUGCUUUCGCUCUCUCGCGUGUGGGUCUCGAGCGAACGGACUGCAGCAGCAGCAGCGUUCGUCGUCGGUGAACACACAUCCUUAGGUGCUGCUGGUGCUGCUGCAACAGGAACAUCACAGCAGAACGAAACGAGUGCGGUCGACGCGCCGAGAAGCAGUGUUAGUGCCGUCGCGCGUCGUACUGUGAUUCAAGCCGGCCGUUGUUGAUAUUGGUUACUUGGUCGAUUACAACCGCCCCUACGGUGACAACGACAACAACGACAGCUGCAGCAUUAAACAGCGUACGGAGGAGACCGUAAAAGAAGCAAACAGUUUUUUCCAACGAGAGAAUCGAGGUAGCCAGCCGCAUCGUCGUGUCCCGCAUCGGCCACACAGUGGUGGGGUGUGGUGUGGUGGUGGCUUGCGUGUGUUUUGUGCCCCCCAGAGUGCGCUAACAGCGAGUCUCCUACGAGAGCAGCGAGUUCGUCUCACCCCUAGCGGAACAAAGCACCUCUCACAGUAGAGGUUCCUCCCCACCCCCUCGACAGAUAACAAAUAGGCUAGUCUAAGCGAGUUUAUAUAGUAUCACAGUGAAGUCACGUCGCCACCGCUGAUUAGAGAUACAGAACGCCACUGCCGCGCAUACGAAGCAUAGUACCCCCAGAUCGCACGGAUCGGAUGGUCUCUGCAGGCACCGUUUCUCAAAAAACUACCUAACACACAACGACACAAAAUGGAAUCGAGUCAAAGUGCACUGCUCCUACGGAAACAGCUUAACGAGUUGAAGAAGAAUCCAGUGGAGGGUUUUUCAGCAGGUCUUAUUGAUGAUGUUGAUAUCUACAAAUGGGAAGUGUUGAUCAUUGGACCUCCAGACACACCCUAUGAAGGCGGAUUCUUCAAGGCCCACCUGCUCUUUCCUAAGGAGUAUCCCUUGCGCCCGCCAAAAAUGAAGUUCAUUACCGAAAUCUGGCAUCCAAAUAUUGACAAGAAUGGCGAUGUUUGCAUCUCAAUUCUCCACGAACCCGGAGAUGAUAAAUACGGCUAUGAACAGGCCAGCGAGCGCUGGUUACCCGUCCACACCGUCGAAACCAUACUUAUUUCGGUAAUCAGUAUGUUGGCCGAUCCUAACGACGAGUCGCCAGCCAACGUCGAUGCUGCCAAGGACUGGAGAGAGAAUUAUGCUGAUUUCAAGAAGAAGGUCGCACGCUGUGUACGACGAAGCCAAGAGGAAUGCUAGUAGAAAAGUCAUCGUUUAGUGGGGAGAAACCCAGGCUGCAGGCGUACUUUACAGAACGAAUGCAGUUUGGGUACAGCUUCUUGCCUUCCCCACAUUUUCUUUCACAUACAACAACAGCAACACUACAACAAAUAAUGGUAACAACAACCAGCUUUGAGAAAAUAUCGUCGAAGAAAUCCUAAUAGCAAUAGUCUUCUAAUUCCCUUUAUCAAUAGGCAAUGAGUGCGUUCGAGUAGUAUACACGUUUCUUUUAUCCCUUCACUUCCGAUGCUUUUCCCUAUCAAAUACCAUCCCAAAAAAAAGAUGCUUAUUAGGCCAACGAACUCAUUUGGAAAACAAAGCCUCCAACAUGAACAGCCAUCUGUUUAUAUCCAUGCAUGCCAAUGUCGGCCUUAGUAGCAGAUCAUAAUGAUGAAGUGCAUUUUCCCUGGAUAUAUUCCCUUGGUAUUUAUACUAAUAGUGCUGAAAUUUUAUAGCCCGUACUGACAAUGGAAGUGCGUCGUGAUGAUGCCGAUGAAAAAUACUAAGAAUCGCAAAAACAUAGCUUUCUGAUGGCUACCGAAUGAUACUUGCGAGCUAUGGGAGAAAGGACAGCUGAUUAAUUCUAGUAGGGAAUAAUGCAUGACUGAAUUAUAUAUAUCGGAUGGUAGAGAAAUAAUGGUGGAAAAAACAGCAAACAACGCUGCAAAACAUGUUCAAGAUUCGUGACGUAGUGGAAGCGCGUGAAAACAACGCACAUGUGGUUUUUUAGAUAUUGACAUGGAGAGAUAAUCAAUAUGAUAAAAUGCAGCAUGUAACAUGCCAUUCCAUGGUAUGAUAAAAAAACAAUGAGCGAUUGCUACAGUGAUUCUUCACGAUUUAAAUGGACUUAAUUAUUGUUUUUGUAGGACGGUAUAUAGAUAGUCUGGUCUUACCAAAAAAAAUUAUUCCGUUUAAACAGCAUGAUUGGAUACAGGGGAGACUCGUGCGGAAAAGUGUCGAAAUUGGGAAGACUUAAAGGACAAGUGAACGCUGGAUGACUGACCGGUAGAUAAAAAGCGUAAAUUAUUGUUCUUUUAGCAAACACUAUAUAGGAUACUUCAAAACUCGGAAGUCAAUCUUUGAAAAAAUGGCAAAACGUAGUAGACAAAGAAUUUUUCCCAAUGGGAUCAAUAGGCGCAAAUAUUCAUUUCACCGUUACAGGUUGAAAUUUGUGCAAAAGUGGCACCUCCACCAAAUGUCAAUUUUAAAUACAUGUAAUUGCGUGACAGUCACUACUUCGACUGAGAAACCGGAAAUUUGCAUAUACAGAGGUAAUCUUGCGCUUAAGUUAUCUGGGUUAAAGCAAACGGCAGCAAUGGAUCCAAGAAUGCAAACAUUGUAUUGGUCACGUGUGCUUAUUUAGUAUUGUAAUGGGAUUACUAUAAGUAUUUUCCAUUACGGUCGGUAAUUAAAAACAUGUGCACAAAGGUAAAACUUCGUUCAACUCGUUCACUUACGUCAAACGCCCACUAAAGCUAGCAAAGAACUACCAACAGAUGUUUGGAAUGGCGACCAUUAGCCAUAACACAGGGUCGAUACCGAUAAAGGAAAUGGAGAAUAUUAAAAAUGUGUUCUAUCACCUCUUGCGAAGGAUGAUUUUUACACAGUUCAGUGACUUUACUGUGUUCAUAUCGUGGAAAAGCAUAUAUGAACCUACUACAUGGUGCAAUGGAUUGUAAUGCGCUUGCCGCAUGACGAGCUUCUAGUAAAAAGGUUUUCUUAAUUCGACGAGUGUCGGAUAGUUGUGUCGUGUGUUCCAUCGCAUAUAUACACGAUUUUAUGAAACGUUGUCAUUUUGCAACAGUAAACUGGGCUCUGGUCGGCCCAAAAUAACAAGAAUUCCACUCUUAGGUUAUAAGGUCAUAUAAAAAGUGAUGGACGACUUUGUACUAGCGACAAUUAUCGGCAAAAUAUUAUUUAUAUUCACAGGAUGUCUACCCAAGAAGACUGUACCUAUAUAAUCACCCGCGAGUUCCAUCUAUAAAGAUGAACUGAUUAGCCGCGGUGCGCGGGGUUCUAUCGCUGAAUCUCGGAAAAGAGAGCAGUCCGCACGGACCUACACAUGUGAAGCAUUGGUGGACCUACUAGUCCGCAUAAUACACGGCCGAGGCACAUGAAGACUGCAUUUCGAUAAACUUUCGGAGAGACAUAGUUUACAGCUUUCAAUUCUAUUCACUAUCCCUUUGUAAUAAGGAUAAUUAGCACCUUUUUUGGAAUAUUUUGCUAAUUGUCACCUCCCAAUAUACUUUGAACAAAAUGUGCUUCGAAUGUAACAUCAUGGGGUGCCAGCGCAUUUCGACGGUGCACCGUGAAUUUUUUUGACUCGACGUUUAAAGGUUAGUGGAUUGAGCCAAGGAUCCGCUGUAUGACCGCCGCAAUUCCCGACUCAACAGGUCUUUAUUUCUGUGAAGACACGUAAAAUUUUCAUACUUAUUCGCAAAAGCGUUGAUUGAGGGCAUAUUUGUUACGUCUAUAAAACGUCGGAAAAAAUACAUCAGUCUACUUCUCGUCGGUAUCGGUUUUAUUUUGAAGUCAAAAUGGCGUCAUUGAACGCUUUUUAUAGCACAUUAGCUUUUCACCUAAAGAAUCAUUUACCCUUCGAAUUCCAGCAUAUAUCAACUUGUACAAAAGAAGGUAUGUCAUUAUACCCUAAAAUAGGGAUUUUAACGUUCUGUUAGUUUAAGCGGGGUUUAAUUGGUGUACGAUAAAAGGUAAAAUGUUAUAUUCGCCUUGUUAUAUAAGAUACCGGACCAUAAGACAGGCUAAGCAAAGUAAUAAAUAUAGUCUUUGUAUUCUUGGGUCCACUACUAUUAAACGUCCUUCUACGUAGACAUAUUUUGCUUUUAAUCGAAGGAGUAGUCACAAUACUAUUUACUCCUUAUCUGUAAUUGAUGUCUCUCGAAGUCUAGAAGGUAUUGCUUUUGCACAAAGUUCCGCGUUUAGCAAUAUUAUAAAUAUUAACGCCUGAUGAUCCCACCGGGACAAACACUGUAGCACUUUUUUAAAUAUUGAGUUCGAAUUUGGGACACCUCGUAAAAUGCAAGAUACAUUUUUAUUAACCUAAUCAUUUUUCUAGCAUGAUUAUUAUUAUUGAGAGAAUGAAAGGUAGAAUGUAGUAUACGUAUUAAUAAGUAUGAAAGUAUGGUACGAAGUUAUUAUCAUUACACAGGUUCAUUAUAACACGACAGAACUCGCCAGUCACUAUGAUCGCGUGCACAGGUGUCGAUACUACCUGGGCACAUACAUGAUUAUGGAUAUCUAAUAAGAAAUAAUAAAUGUAUCCCUAUAUAGAUACAGCAUCUUUAUAGUAGACAGUACAGGUAAUCUAUACAGUACAUUCAGCUACAAUAAAUUGCUGGGCUAGGGGAAGAAAAACAGAAAAUAAUGCAGGCGCCAUGGUUAGCGUUAGAAUUGAGUAACAUGCCACAACUUCGAUUGUCAUAUACAUCCUUUACGUGUAUGCCAUAUAUUUCGCAAGUUGUGAGUCAUGGAAGAUUGUAUCUAGGAAAAAAAACAAGCGGAAAGGUCCAGUGAAGCAAAAUAAAAAGAUGUUAAACCGUCUCGGCAAGGCGAAGGACCAUGAAAAGUUCCGGGAAAAAAUUGCCACAAGAAUCAGUAAUGCAUGUAAAGUGCUGCAUGUAAAGCCCGUCGUGUCUAAAAAAUAUGGGAUUCCAAUAGGUUAACGAUUCUGUCUCAAGUCUCAAACUCGAUUUUGUAAAUUACAACCCUUUUCGAAGUUCCCGAUUUUUGAACUGCUUGGUUGUUGAUUUGGAUAAACAUACUUCAGUGUUCGCAGUAAUGAUACUUAAUGAAAGCCGUGCUGAUCUCAUACGCUCCUAAUAAAGGGGCGCAAAGAUGAUUGCUGUAUGUACAUGGGUACUCGUUUACAUUCGAUAAGGUAGUGGUAAAGAGGUGGACAAAAACUACUGUUUUUUUCGUUUAUUGGAAGAUACUAUCGAUACACUCCGCAAUUAAUAUAGUAUCAUCAAAAUGUGCCGUCGAGAGUAGUUAUAUUUCAUCGCGAGGUGAAGGGCGCAUAAGGAACAACUGCUGCUGCUGCGGCAGCUGUCGAAGGACCCUGGUGCGAUCAAGGCGAAUUUCUAAGCCCAAUCCGCAUGUAACGUUUUGUCCUGAUCGGAGACUUAUCGGGCGAUGGUUCCAGCACUUCCGUCAAUAAACACGGAUGCGCUCGGGGAAGUUUAACCACACAAUCGUUGCUGUUUUGUGCAAGUGUUAGCCCCAUUUAGCUUUCAACUACACAGCCACAAUACAUUAUAAGCUUUCUAAAACACAGCCUCAAUUUGGCUUAUGGUUAACCUAUAGGUUUCUAAAGCCUCAUCGCAUAAGUGGUUAUAUGUACACCUCUUGGUAUUGGAUGAGCUGAUCUUGUUCGAGUCGCGUUAUUUUUUGUUCUCUUAAAGCUUUUAUCAUCAGCGUAGUCCCAAAAUAGAACAUAAGCAGUAUUCGCAUAUAAUAUCUUCGAAUAGAAGAAACUGAAAACACCACAUCGUGAUCGGAAUGAGCACUUACUCGCCUAAAUCAUUUACACAAUCACAGGAAAGUGAGUUUUUUGCCAUAGCUGUGACCAGAAGAGCUAACAAUUGGUCAUACCAUUAUAUUUUUCUUGAUUUUAGCUCUUCGUCUCCGGUGAGCCGAACUAUCCGGGAAGGUAUGAUCGCACGCAGAGAAAUUACAUCACCUAUACGUCACUUAUGCGACCUUCUCCCCAAACCCUUAAGUAGAAAUGACCACGGACAGGACGAACGGCCUCGGUAUUGACCUAAAUAAGCUCAGAUUGAGCAGAAGCACCCAGAAAGAUGGAAGUAAUUGCGACCAUGACGCUAGCACACACAAAAUCGUUAGAGAUAUCUAGAUAGUAAUAACAUUAUUAUGAAAUAACAUAGCAUCAUUUGAGUACGACGAAUAACGGCGCGUAGAAGAGGACAAGCAAAUUCAGAGUCUAGUGACAAAUAAAUCAUCGAAACAUGUAACACGGCAAAUUUAAAAAAAAUGUAGACUAAAAAAGGCAAAAUAGGAUCACUUCCCAAACCAGCCGAGAAGGUCUUCGAGUGGAUCUGCGCUCUGCCGGUCGAAAGACAAUGUUUAAAUGCGGGAUGAACGCAAGACGGGCAUACAAGAAUGAAGUGAAUUGCAAGCAGGUCAACUGAUUGCUUUGGAAUUAAUGGUGACUGUGAGAAUAAGUAUAGCAAGAACUAAGCGUAUAUGACAUACCCAAAUACAAGGAGAAUAAGGCAGCCUUCCAUUAAAUAAAUACCUGGAUGUUUUCACGGCUGAUGGAGCACGGCAGCCUGCGAAAUGCCAAAACAAGAGCUGAAAACUACUGUGGUCUAUAGACUGAACGGCUGACGAGUGCAAAGCGUUUCGAUGUGAAUGCGGCAUUUGUGGCCUAUUGGGAAAAACGCAAGUCGCAUACUAAAAACGGCUUAUUAGAUAUCAACUACAUACACACACAUGCUAAGUUGCGGAAAAUGUAACGAUGCACACAUUUUAAAUAUGUGGCGCCAGUUAUAUAUUACAUAUAUAACAAAACAUGUAUGUAUAAGAAUAAUGUAAUAAAAAUGGAAAUAAUGGCUAAGCAGCCUAAGGUUGCACUUCGCAGGCGUCAUGUGCGGCUUUGAAAGAUGAACCGACGAAGAUCCGUGACACCUUAGAUCAUGUAUUGAUUGACAAGUCGUUUGGAUAAUGAGGCAAAAUCUCUUUUCGUCUUUUUGUUUAUCUAUCUCUAACCGAGCUGCGAUACAUCGAUGUGUGCUGUAAUGUUUACCAAGAAAAAUAGACGAAGGAAUGGAAAAUGCAAAAAAUAUAUAUAUAUAAAUGAGACGAAAAGAAAUUGAAGAUGAAGGAAAAUUGGCAAGAGUGACAGCUACUUCAACUACAAUAUUAAUAGCAAGCAAAACAACAACAAUAUUAAUAAAUGAUAUUUUCGAGUUAA